AUGGAGAGUCUUGAAGAAAUGUCUUGGCCCCGAGAAAACGCAGAAGAGUGGGUUGCGGCCUCCGUCGACAAUUAUUCCUCCAGAACUCCGUCGGUGGCCGAGAAUAGCUCGUCAAAUUCGGUGUCGGACCCUAAUGUGGCAAACAAAGACUCGUUCAUAUCUAGCUCCAGUUCUAAACCCUUCGACGAGCAGGAGGAAGCGGCUCCCCGACUCAGUGACGAUCAAAACAAUAGUACUUCGAUCCCUCAGCGGGUCCUAUCGCCAUUUGCUCCAGUCCCCUAUAACCCGCCAGCUCCGAUGGGUGGUGACGAUGGUGAAGAAGAAGACGAGGAACCUCACGUUGCGACCUCCUUUGAACGAGAUUCUACACCCACUUCGACGCAGAAACGUCGGUCGGUGUUCUUUGACGCUGAAGAAGAGGGUUUUAACCGUAUGCAUAAAUUCUCCUUGUAUGAGACGGCAACUCGUUUCUAUAUGGUCGGCAUGGAUUUAUCAGACACCCGCUUCAAAAUUUUGAAGAUCGAUCGAACCUCGGAAUCGGGAGAUUUGAGUGUUGCGGAGGAUGAUAUCGUGUACUCGAAAAGGGAGAUGAGCCGGUUACUGGAUGCCAUCGAUGAUGGUAACAAAAUUUCCGGCGGGUUGAAGCUGCGAUGCAGUGCGUGGGCCCUGCUGGGUUUUAUUAGGCUGACUGGGGCCUACUACAUGCUGCUCGUGACCAAGAGAAGCCAGGUAGCUAUGCUAGGAGGCCAUUAUGUCUAUCAGAUCGACGGGACUGAACUUAUCUCCCUGACGCCAUCGAGCUCCGCUCGCUUAAAACCGGAAAAGAAUCCUGAGGAGGCAAGGUAUAUCGCGAUUCUCAAUAACCUCGACCUCACCCGGUCCUUCUACUUCAGUUACUCCUACGACAUUACACAGACAUUACAGCGCAAUAUCUGUCGCGAACGCAAAGCCCAUCAAGAUAGUCCUCCAAAGCCGUUUCAUCCGGACUAUAACACCAUGUUCAUAUGGAAUCAUCAUCUUCUUGGUCCUGCUAUCGCCACCCUCAGAAGCCCUUAUCAGUGGUGUUUACCUAUUAUUCAUGGCUAUGUCGAGCAGGCAAAAGUAUCCGUCUAUGGCCGAUUGGUCUACAUAACGAUUAUUGCUCGCCGGUCUCGGUAUUUCGCCGGUGCACGUUUCUUGAAGCGAGGUGCCAAUGAUCUGGGUUAUGUGGCCAACGAUGUUGAAACCGAACAGAUUGUAUCGGAAAUGGCAGCAACGUCGUUCCACGCUGCUGGUCCGGAUCUGUACGCCAAUCCUCUGUACACUUCUUACGUUCAGCAUCGAGGGAGUAUUCCUCUUUAUUGGAUGCAGGGAAACUCAGGGGUUUCUCCAAAACCAGACAUUGAACUCAACUUAGUGGACCCAUUCUAUUCCGCCGCAGCUCUCCAUUUUGACAACCUGUUCGAGAGAUAUGGUGCUCCAAUCUAUGUUUUGAAUCUGAUAAAGUCUAGAGAAAGAACACCACGGGAGUCCAAGCUCUUGAGUGAAUACACGAAUGCUAUCAAUUACCUUAACCAGUUCUUACCCGAAAAUAAGAAGAUUAUAUAUCAGCCCUGGGAUAUGAGUCGCGCGGCUAAAAGUCGUGAUCAGGAUGUGAUUGGAACGCUAGAACGUAUUGCGGGCGAGAUAAUACCAAAAACGGGAUUCUUCCAGAAUGGCUACGAUGCAAAUUCUGGCCUCAGACUACAAAACGGUAUUGCCCGAACAAAUUGCAUUGAUUGCCUUGACCGCACGAAUGCAGCGCAGUUUGUGAUCGGGAAGAGGGCAUUGGGCCACCAACUCCACGCCCUUGGCAUCAUCGAAGGCACAACAGUAGACUACGACACCGAUUGUGUCAAUCUUUUCACAGACCUGUGGCAUGACCAUGGUGACACAAUUGCAAUCCAAUACGGGGGCUCACACCUAGUUAACACCAUGGCGACCUAUCGCAAAAUCAACCAAUGGAGCAGUCAUUCUCGCGAUAUGGUGGAGAGCUUCAAGAGAUACUACAACAAUUCAUUCCUGGACGCUCAGCGUCAAGAGGCGUAUAACCUCUUUCUGGGCAAUUACAUAUUCUCCCAGGGACAACCGAUGCUGUGGGAUCUGUCCACCGACUACUACUUGCAUCACGCUGAUCCCAGAUCCUGGUCCGAUAAAACGAAGCCGAAUUACAUUUGCUGGUACACCCCAGACAACUUGAAAGAGAAAGAGCUGCCGCCGCCUCCUCGGCCGCCUCAGGAGUCUUUGUCUCGAUAUGACGAUUACUGGAUGGAAUAUUAUCGGCCUCUGGCUAUCUCAUCGUUCUCUAAGAUUUUCUCGUACAAGAUGAAUUCGAGCCUUCGCUACCUCCCGUUUCGGCCCACGUCCGCGCUACCCGGUGAUCUCAGCCCAUUUAUCACCCGAAACGCACAUGAUCAGAUGAACAGAGACCGCCCCCAGCGCACGGUCAAGAUCCAGGAACCAGAUCGUACUUCCAAUGACGCUUCCGACCGCUUGCGCAUGAACACAGGCCCUACGCAGGACAGGCAGUAUCCGUCCGUGGGUAUUAUGAAAGAGCAAUCCAUCAAGUUCUCCCAACGCGAUAAUUCACACCAGCCCUUCCGGCCACUCUCUGAUCACGCCACGCCUAGCAAAGCGCAGAUCGCCCAAUGGACCCUAGGCCAAUUGGUCACGGAUUCAUUAAACCCAUCCAUCACAGCCGCCGAGGCCGAAGAAUACGAACAUUACAUCAAUCACCCACUCAAGGUGCCCCUCGUCGUGACGUCCGAGAACGAAGUAACGGCUGCCUCAAUCCAUGAACACGAAUCCAACCACGACCUCCUCGAGUACGCUAAUAAAUGCAACGUGGAGGAAUCUACAUUGGAAGCCAACGCGGAAGAAAAUUACGCCGAUUAUGCGGAAUUCUUGAACGUAUCGGACGUGGGACUGACGGUUGUGGUUGAGGACUAUGAAAUGAAGCGUUACAAGCGGUAUCGACAAUGGUUGAGAGGGAAGAGCCUAUUCAAGCAACGUGUUGAUACAUAA